ACAAUUUCAAUAUUAAAAAGAACAAUGAUCCACAAUGAAAGCAAUUGAAAUAUUAUCAUAUUUAUAAACUGUACACAAAUGUAAAUAAAAUCAUGUGACAAAACGACUGAAAAUAUGUAUCCAAUCAAGACUCGUUUGUUGUUUUCUAUGAGGUUACACGGAACAAUAUUACACAAUUUGUCGGAAUGAAGAUAACAUUCUAUAUGUAUUAUCAACAAAAGUAAUGAGAGAUUUAGCAUUUAUCUACAAGAUGCUUAGAUAAUUACAGUUACUAUAAAAUUUCAAUGACGUUAUAAUUAUCGUACUACGUAAUACGUCAUUAUGACAGAUCAGAUCAGCGAUUGGUCUGAACAAUCAGAACAACAAAGAUUGGAAACAUUUUAUGAAAACAAAUAUAUGCUUCAAAGAAAUCAAGAAAUACAUGAACAUUUUCGUGAUCAUCGGGCACGACAAAUUUUUAUAGAUAAACAAAACCUUACGUACAAUGAAAUUUAUAAAAUACAUAUAAUUGGAGAGAAACAAAAUGGUCACAUAAAGCAUACUACUUGUAAUAUUAAUUACAAUAUACCAAAUCAGCCAAGCAAAAUAUUCGGCAUGCAAGAACAGAACUUUAAGUUUCAGGGUACACAUAUAAUAAACAGACAAUUUUGUGGUACACAGAAUGUAAAUGUGAAUUCACAACAACAAAUAUACAAAACUCCCUUUAUAAACUCCUUUAAACAAACCGAUUGGGAAGUAUAUAGAUGUCAAUUGAAUACCAAAGAAGAAAGUUGUUGUUGCUCGUGUAAUUCUGAUGCUAUGUUUGAAGUUAUGAAAAGUCUUUAUGAUUGCUAUAAGAAAAAAAAUUGUGAUAAUUGUAAUUGCAUUCUUUGUGGCCAUCUUCCAAGAGAAGAACGUCGUUUCGGUGAACUUCGAAAAUCUGGAGAAGAGUUAACACACAUCGGAGUAGAAACUGCUAGUGCUAACGAAAAGAAAAAAGAAAAUACAAAAAGAACUAAAAAAGCUGCUGCUGCAACAGUUGGUAAAACAUCAUCUGAAAAAGAGAAAAUAUUGACAGAUUUAGUCAUGACUGGUGCUCCACUUCCUGUACCAAAAACGGCAUCUGAGAAGGAAUUAAUUAAAAAUAUUGAAACGAAACUUGGUUUACCACCGAAACCUAAGACAUUGGUUGAAAGAGAAAAAUAUAAACAAGCAGAAGCUGCAGGCCUAAUUGCUCCACUCGAGGGUAAGAGUACAACGCAAAAAGAAAAACUUCUUAGAAAACAAGCUGAACUAGGAAUACCUUUGCCUGAAGGUAGAACAGAGUCAGAAAAGUCAUUAAUAAAAAAAGUACAAACAACAGUCAAAGAACCCUCAGAGAAACUGCGAAAACAAAAGACUGCAGGUUACUUAACUCCUCUUAAAGGUAAAACACUAUCCCAAAAAGAGAAAAUUCUUAAGCAACACGCUGAAAUGGGCUUGUCUUUGCCAGAGGGUAGAACUCUCUCAGAAAAAGCGCUUAUUACUAAAUUUAAAGAUACUACAAAACCAUUACCUUCGGGCAUGGUGCCAUCUGAGAAACUACGAAAAGCCAAAGCUGCUGGUUUUAUAACACCUUUAGAGGGAAAAACAUCUGAAGAAAAGGAAAAAAUACUUAGAGGUUUAGCAAUCAAUGGUAUACCACUAUUAGAAGGAAAAACUGCAUCUGAAAAAAAGUUAAUAGCUAAAGUCCGUGCUGAUAUUGGAUUACCGCCCGAACCAAAAACUGCCUCAGAAAGAGAAAAAUACAAUACAGCCAUUGCUGCAGGAAUAAUAACCCCACUAGAACAAAAAACUCUCAUAGAAAAAGAAAAAAUUCUAAGACGACAGGCUGAAAUGAGUUUGCCUUUGCCAGAAGGUCGAACUGCAUCUGAAAAGGCGUUAAUUUCUAAAGUUAAAGCAACUACAAAAGUACAACCUUCAGCUACUAUGUAUCCCGAAAAAUUACAUAGGCAUAAGACCACAGACCUUGUUACUCAUCUAGAAGGAAAAUCGCCAGAACAGAAAGAAAAAAUAUUAAAAAAUUUAGUCAUUAAAGGUGUACCAUUGCCUGAAGGAAAAACGGUAUCGGAGAAAAAAAUUAUAUCCAAAGUUCAAAAAGAACUUGAUUUACCGCUAGAACCGAAAGUUUUAUUAGAAAAAACAAAAUAUGAUACAGGAUUAAUUACUCCACGUAAAUUUGCAGCGCAAAAAGAGAAAAUUCUUAAGCAACAAGCUAAAAUGGGCUUGUCUUUACCAGAAGGUAGAACUCUUUCAGAAAAAAGUUUAAUUGACAAAGUUAAAGCUACUGUAAAGACAAGUUCAGUAAUCGCAAUACCGUCAGAAAAGUUCCGUAAAGCAAAAGAUGCUGGUUUUAUUACACCUAUAGAUGGUAAAACAGCAGAACAAAAAGAAAAAAUAUUAAGAGGAUUAGCUAUUCACGGUAUACCAUUACCAAAAGGAAAGACGGCAUCGGAAAAAAAAAUUAUUGCUAAAGUGAGAAAUAAUCUUGGUUUACCUUCAGAACCAAAAACUCUUACCGAAAAAAUCAAUUACAAUAAAGCUAUAGCUGCUGGUGUAAUUACUCCAUUAGAAGGUAAAUUAGAAUCACAAAAAGAAAGUAUAUUACGGAAACAGGUAGAAAUGGGCAUACCGUUACCAGAAGGUCGGAGUUCAUCAGAAAAAGCAUUAAUUUCCAAAAUAAAAACAACAACAAAACAGCAACCGUCAGUCAUUGUACCUUCUGAAAAACUCCGUAAGGCGAAGGCUGCAGGGUUUAUAACACCCCUCGAAGGAAAGCCUGCUGAACGAAAGAAAGAAAUAAUAAAGGGUUUAGCAAUGCACGGUGCACCUUUGCCAAAAGGUAAGACAUUAUCGGAAAAGAAACUGAUUGAAAAAGUGCGUGCAGAUAUUGGUUUGCCACCCGAACCUAAAAGUAGACCUGAGAAAGAAAAAUAUAAACAAGCUAUAGCUGCUGGUCUCGUAGCUCCACUAGAAGGAAAAUCAAUGUCACAAAAACGGAAAAUAUUGAAGGGUCAAGCAGAUUUGGGCAUAUCCCUUCCUAAUGGCAGGACACCAUCAGAAAAAGCUUUGAUCCAAAGCAUAAUUACUGCAACAGUAACAGAGGAACAACAAAAACAAUUACGAGAAUUAACUGCUGAGCAAUAUAAAAAAUUAGACGAGAAAACUGCUUUAAUCAUGAAAGAGAGAAAAGGUCCAAGCGAUGAAUGUAUAUGUUCUCUUUUGACACCUGAGUCACAGAAACUUACAAAAUUAUCAAAAAUUCUUAAGGAAUCUGGCAGAAUUACUACAGUAAAACUUAAAGAUGCCAAGGCAGCGGGACUUUUAACACAUGCAGAGAGAAAAGCAGCUGUACAAAAAGAAAAAAAUCUGAAAAAGCAAGCUGAAAAGGGUAUAGCUUUACCAGAGGAAAGGACUUCAUCAGAUAAGGAUUUGAUGUCUAAAGUUAUAACAACACCUAAGGCGGCAAAACGUGUUGUUGUACCAUCAGAAAAAUUGCGUAGUGCGAAAGCUGCAGGAUUGAUAACACCAUUAGAAGGUAAAACGUUACAACAAAAGGAAUACAUACUUAAAGGUUUAGCUACUCGGGGUUUACCACUGCCUGAUGGAAAAACUUCAUCAGAAAAAAAACUAAUUGCUAAAGUUCGAAAUGACCUUGGUUUACCCCCACAGCCCAAAACGACAACUGAACUAGAAAAGUAUAAUAAAGCCAUGGCAGUUGGUGUUAUAACGCCGCUUAAAGGCAAAACAACUGCAGAGAAAGAGAAAAUUCUUAAUAAACAAGCAGAAAUAGGUUUAUCUUUACCCGAAGGCCAAACUCGAUCAGAAAAAGCAUUAAUAGCUAAAAUAAAAACUUUAUCAAAAACGAAAUCACUACCCCUAGUACCCUCUGAAAAACUACGUAAAGCUAGGGCUGCAGGCCUAAUUACACCAAUUGAAGGAAAAACUUUAGAGCAGAAGGAAAAAAUAUUAAGAGGGUUAGCAACACAAGGUAUACCGCUACCUGAAGGAAAAACGAGGUCGGAGAAGAAAUUAAUUACUAAAGUACGAAAUGACAUUGGUUUGCCUCCAGCACCAAAAACACCAUCACAAAAAGUUACUUACAGUAAAGCUAUGGAAGCUGGGCUAAUUACACCACUUGAAGGUAAAACGUCAGCACAGAAAGAGAGAAUUCUUAGACAACAGGCAAAAAUGGGUUUACUGUUACCAGAAGGUCGUACUGCGUCAGAAAGAGCUUUAGUUGGGAAUAUUAGAGCACCUUCAGGUAUUAUGACACCACUCAAAGGAAAAACUGUCGAGCAAAGAGAAGAAAUUUUACGAAGCUUAGCAAAACAAGGUAUUCCACUACCUGAAGGCAAAACGCGAUCGGAAAAAAAAUUGAUUUCAAAAGUGCGAAUUGACGUUGGUUUACUUCCAGGACCUAAAACUGCAUCAGAAAAAGUUAUACAUAAGAACGCCGUAGACGCUGGACUAAUUACUUCACUAAAAGGUAAAACAUCAUCACAAAAUGAGAAAAUCCUUAAACAACAAGCAGAAAUGGGUUUAAUAUUACCAGAAGGUCGUACUUCUUCGGAAAAAGCUUUAAUUUCUAGUAUUAUACAAACAACUAAAACGGUACCUUCUAUUAUUAUUCCAUCAAAAAAACUCCGUAAAGCUAAAGAUGCAGGUUUAAUUACACCAUUGGAGAGAAAGACGCCUGAACAAAAAGAAAAAAUACUUAAAGGACUGGCAGUGCAAGGUAUUCAUUUUCCUGAAGGAAAAAGUUCAUCAGAACAAAAGUUAAUCGAUAAGGUUCGCCGUGAUCUUGCACUUCCACCUAUGCCUGAUACUCUAUCUGCAAAAGAAAAAUACAAGAGAGCCAUGGCUACUGGAUUAAUAAUGCCUCUUGAAGGAAAAUCAGCAUUACAAAAAGAAAAAAUUCUUACAGGACAGGUAGAUUUAGGAAUACCAUUACCAGAAGGGCGUACACCAUCUGAAAAAGCGUUAAUAGAGAAAGUAAAAGUUACAGUCCGAUAUCCAUCUGCUACAUCUCAGAAGAUUCGUAAAGCAAAAGCAGCAGGAUUAGAAGGUAAAACAUUAGAACAAAAGAAACGUAUUUUAAAAGAUUUAGUAAAAGCUAAUGCCCCCCUUCCAGAUGGCAAAACAGCCUCAGAAAAAGAACUUAUUAGAAAAGUUCGAAAUGACAUGGGAUUACCACCAGAAUCAAAAUCACAGUUAAUAAAAGAAAAAAUGUAUAAAGCACAAGCAGCUGGUUUAAUUACGCCACUUGAAGGUAAAUCAGAACCUCAAAAGAAAAUAAUAUUGAAAAAUUUAGUACACGCUGGCGUUUCUUUACCCGAAGGAAGAACUACGUCUGAAAAGGCAUUGAUUAGUCAAGUACGGGCUGAAACUGAGUCAAAGCUACCAUAUGGGCGUAUCCGAGGCCCACCAGCUUUAUCUUCCGUUAAUGCUGAAAAAUUGGACAAGGCAACGGUUAAAGUUAUGAAAGAAGGAAAAGGUCCAAGCGAUGAAUGUAUAUGUGCCCUUUUCACUCCAGAAUCACAAAAAGAAACGGAGAGUUUACGCAAAAAGAUCACGUCUCUAUUAAAGCCAACUACAACACGACCUUUGACAAAAGCAAUACCAUCAGAAAAAAUACGAAAAGUAAAAGCAGCGGGAUUACUAAAAUCAUUAGAAGGAAAGAGUCCAAAAGAAAAAAUAAUCAAAUAUUUAGCGGCAGCUGGUUCCCCAAUAACUGAAGGAAAAACUGCAUCAGAGAAUGCUAUUAUACAGAAAGUUAAAACAGACUUCAGAACUCCGUCUCAACUUAAAAUAGUUUCUGAGAAAGAAAUAAUCCAAAAAGCUAAGGAAAAAGGUAUACUUACACCUUUGACAGGAAAAACAGCCGAAAAAAAAGAAAAAAAAAUUAGAGGUUUAGCCGAACCCGGUUUAUUAGUAACAGAGGGUAUGACUGGUUCCGCACAAGAAAUGGUAAAAAACAUAAAAAUGGAAACAAUUUCGGGAAAAAAACGAAAAUUAAGGGUGAAAUCUAAAAAAAAUGGAGUAGCUACAAUAACAAAAAGUGCAAAAGGUGUUACAAAAUUAUCAGGUGGAAUGGAAGAAGAAUUUGAAGAUGUGAUUAAGACUACAACAUGCGAUCGUGGUUGUGGCUGCGAUAAGAAGAAAAUAAGAUUUAAACACAGUUAUGUCAAAAUAAGGGUUACAUCUCCAGAUAUAUCUUCUUUGUGUCCAUGUCCUAACGAAUGUGUACCGGGUAUUAAAAAUGGGGUAUUUACUGAUAAUGAAGGGAUCAAAGUUACAGUCGGACGAGUCUCUGGAGUACCUUCUUAUAUGUCAAAUAAAAUAGAAUGCAAUUUUAGUGUCUCGAAAAAUAGAUACAGUUUAAAAUCCAUUUUUAGAAGUAAAUACGGUUAUCAAUUUGAUAAAAAUUGCGAUUCAAUCAGUAAUGUAGAUAAUUUAUUUAAAAGCGACAGUCACACUAAUAGUUCUUAUGAUCAUAUUGAAUGUGUGUUCAAAUAUCCCAUAUAUUCCACAAACAAUUCUAUAGAAAAUAACAAAAAUCUUUGUAAUGACGUUGAAGAACGUCAACAGUCUUAUGGAUAUGUUUGUGAUUCUACUAGUGAACUCAGACAAUUAAGUAAUACUAAUAAUGUCCAUUACUGUAGCGAUCCUCCUUAUUUAUCUGCCGAGAAUAAUAUUGUUACCUCAUGCUCCAGUAAAUCUGUCAUAUCUUCAAUAAGUUUACAAUCUAUAGUAAUAAUUAAAUCUGAAACAUCACUACGUUUAUCUAUUAACUCGUAUACAAGUAGAGAUAUAACAAAUAUAAGUGUAAUAUCCUUUGCUGACAGCAAUUUUUCUUCAGAGGACAGCCUGUGUUUCUUAGCAAAGCAAUUUGAAGAAUACAAAUAUUAUUCAAAUAAGAUGGUCUGUGUUGGCAGAGACAGUAAUAGCACAAGUGAAUGCUCCAUUAAUAAUAAUUGUUUUAAAUAUAAUGCAAACUACGAUGAGACAAUUACUGAAGUAAAUAACGAGGAACAUUUAACGAUACAAUUAUUCAGAAAAGAACAUAAUAGAAGCAAAUCUGAUGCAGUUUCAGUACUUGCAAAUAAUCUGUAUAAUAAGCAAAGUAUGAUGGAUGUUGUCAAAGAGUCUCAUCCCAAAAAAUCACUGUUCCAUAACUCAUCAGUGUCAAUCUUUUUUGUUAUAUCGUCAUCUGAUUGCGUUUCUGAUUAUACUUUAGAUAGUGAUAGAUGGACAAUGUGCACUGAAGUAACCAAAAAAUCUGCAUCAUGGAGCGAUUUUUCAAGGAAUAACCAAUACGAAACGAGAAAUCUUACCAUGGUUGCACAAGGUUUGAAGAUUUCAGCAAAAAGGAAGCAAAAUCUAUUAAAAAAAAUACCGCCUAAAGUAGAUGACAUUGAAAUUAUGCGCCACCUUAAAAAAUAUGCACCUACAGAAAAUAAAAAAGAAAAAAUAGGUCAAACAGCGCUGCUUAGCACUGAUACAACAUCUGAUAGAUCCUGUUGCUGUUCGCCAAGGGAUCCACAAAAUUCUCGGAACUCUAAUGUUAGAUUUGCUUGUGGUGUUGACUCAAAACUAAUCUUACCCAUUAUUGCAAGCGAAGAUAUAACACAAGGCUUGACUCGUGAAGCUUUUGCAGAAGAGGAUACACAUAUAAAAAUUAAAACGUGCUAUCCUCGGCCAUUUUGUAUAAACAAUUCUUCAAAUCAAAGAAAUCACUCUCCUGUUAAAUUGUGCAGCGUAUCUCCUUGUUGUGCACAAAAUAGUUUUCAUCGAUCAAUUUUAAAAACAAUCCAUCCUUCUCAUGUAUAUGGACAAACGUGUAACUGCUCUCUUGAGAAAAACAAUGAAUUGAUUGGAAACAUAAAAGAAAUGAAGACAGUUAGCUGCGGUGACUCAAAUCCAUGUCCAAAUCCACAUUUCAUUACUACCAACACCAUAAAACCAACGACAGACAAAAAUAUAUGUACCAAAUGUGGUUAUCCCAAAAUAGCUGAUGGAAGGAAUGUUACAUGUCAAUGCAGCGAUGUGGAAAAAAAAGUAAAACUUAAACCUCUAUGUCCAUGUGAAAUCCACAAACCGCCGCAACUUGUAGAAUUUGCAGAUGGUGCUGCAACGAAACCCCCUAUGAGGGUUAAAAAAGGAUGUAAAUGCCCUCAAGACGAAAAUUUGAAACGAAAACAGAAUAAAAACACUAUUUGCGAAUGUCCUCAGCAAGAAAAGAAAUUCUCAGAAGACUUAGAAGACUACAACAAAUCCGAAUGGAUUGAUAUAAAGAAGAUUAUUAAAAUGCAAUCUGAUAUAACACAAACAACUUCUGGUUUUAAAUUUGAUGUAGUACCAAGACCACCUCUUGAACCACAAAUGACUUUUGAGGAAGCACUGCAGUAUUAUGCUGAACAUCCUACAGAAGAUCUUAUGGAACAAGCAGAAGAAGAAGACGAUUGUUCAUGUAUAAACAAACCUAUGAGUACUUCUACAGCUAAACUUGAUAUUGACUGUGAAUGUCUUUCUGAACCCGAAAUUACCAAAACAGGAAAACAUAAAGGGUUCAAGCUGCAAAUAACUGGUAAGGGUUCCGCGUCUAAAGGUCUCAGCGGUGUUUGUUGUUUCGAUAUGGUUCAGCACCUUACGGGCCCACUGAUUUCUUCAUCACGUUCGACGUAAGUACAUUGGGACACAAGUAAACGUCUGUAAUAGUUUAUCCUAUGUAACAAUCAAGUCCUGUAAAUAUUAUUAAA